CACAUGGAGGCAGAGUUGGCCCACAGGGAACCCCCUCAGCACAAGGGCCACAUCAACAUCCCUUCCUCAGACAGUGAGGUAGAAAUAGUAGGAGUGCAAGAAAACACAAGGUGAGUUCAGAAAGCGUAACUUACAACACACACCGAGGUCAGAUCUGCCUGCACUGCAACCACUACAAAACUGUAAUCGUAAUAUGAUGUUGCUCUGAAACGUGUUAAUUUGAGGAUCAUGGUCAUGCGACUAUGUUUUAUUGCUGCAACAAAACUGUCAUUAAAGUUUUACUGUGUGACACCAACAGUGUCAAGGAACUGGUGAACUGCAAUGCAUAGUUUGCACUUACCAAAUCUUCAGUGUAAUGUUGUUGCCCUAAUAUUUCUCUUACAUUGCUCUAAUGUCCUUGUUGUGUUAUUGUGCUGUUUCUCUUAACAGAUGUGCCCAUCCUAGGGGCGGAGUGAUCCAGAGCCUGUCCUCUGCCUGGAAGGCCAACUCAGUGGAGCACUUCAACAACAGCACAAGGCAAUCCUCCCAGCUCUGGACUACAGUGUCCCCCCAGCCCAACUGGGUGUCCCCUCCGGAGGUAGUGGACCUCACUCUGGAUGAGGAGACCAGACACAAACACCUGCUUUGA